AUGAGUAGCAAGCUUUGGGAGUAUUUUACAUACGAUGAUGUCGACGGAUUCCAGCGAUCCCUGGCGAACGCGACAUUCGUGGGGCCACGAGCUCCAGGAGUCGGAGCUGCGUCCGGAGCUGCAGCGAAUUCGUCCCUGAAGACAGGCAGCCCCGGGCCCACGAUCGCCUCUUCCCCAAACCCCCCACGGAAUAAGAAGCUUCUGGAUUCGUCGCCGGGAACGCCUCUUCCCGACCGCUCAACAUCUCACCGUGGUAAUGCCACCUUGCUGCGCUCCGAUAUCAAUGCCCGGGAUCAUUAUGGCCGAACGCUGCUCCACCACAUCGCCUCCUCCCGUAAGCCCACCGCGGCCGAGUUUGCACGCGCCUUGUUGGAGGUUCCGUUCGUCGACAUAUACGCACAAGACGAGGAGAGUGGAUGGACGGCACUACAUCGGGCUCUUUAUUCCGGAAAUGCGACGAUUGCACGAGCGCUCAUGGCGCGCGACAUACAAGACAUGACGGAUAUCAGUAGAGUCGGGAACACAAGCCAUUCCAGCGGUGGUUUGAUCAAAAUCAAGGAUCGGGAGGGCUACAGCCCGUUUGAUGUGUUCGGAGCAACCAUCACAACUCGUGAUAUCAAACGGCCAUCGGAUAACUGGCCAAACCCGAUCGGGGAUGACCUGGGCAGCGACAUCGCCUCCAAUGCGGGCUCCAAUGAAGGCAACGACGAGGAACAUGAAGCAUACACUUCCCACAACGUACUCAAGGGUUCGGUGGACAUCUCUGCUGACGAGGUCUUUGCCCUCGGCAGCAAUAAGAACUUGAACUUGGGACUGGGAGAUCAGGAUGAUCGGCAAUUUCCUGAGCGUAUUUCGUUGAAACGACCAGAGCACCUGUUACAUCGGUUCUACCGUGAACACCAGGAAAACCUCGAGCGUUUGGGCCUUGAGGAUACUGUCCCCAAGAGUGAUACCUCGGAGCUACCCACGUCAAUAAGGAACAAGCCAAUGAAGUUCAAAGAUAUUGUCAUGUCGAAACUUCACACGGCGAUCAUCACUGAAGAUCCCGAGGCUAAUCUCUUCAUGUGUGGAUUUGGACCAGGAGGACGUCUGGGGACAGGAGAUGAGUCUACGAGGUUCACUUUCGCCUGCAUUGAGACUGGUGGCUUGGAGGGCAAGAAGGUCAUCUCAGCUGCUUUAGGCCAAGAUCACAGCUUGGCGAUCACUGAGCAUGGGGAGAUCUUCAGCUGGGGAAGUAACAAGUAUGGACAGCUCGGAUAUGGUCUUCCCCGGACCAGCAACAAGAAUGACGUCCCUAUUCAAACCACCCCGCGUCAAAUCUUCAAUCCAUUCAAAAAAGAAACGAUCUUGGGUGCUGCAGCAUCCUCUAUCCAUUCUGUGGUGUUCAGCACGUCAGGUCUUUACACAUUCGGCAAGAAUGAAGGGCAACUUGGCCUGGUAGAUUCAGAUGCUCGUUCACUUGAAACACAAACUACGCCACGACGAGUCGGUGCUUCUCUGUUUACCUGUCCAAUUCUAAUGGCUUCCGCCACUGAUCGCGCUACGUCUGUACUUCUGCAGAAUCACGAAGUCUGGGUCUUUUCAUCCUAUGGUUACUCAAAGCUCUCCUUUCCUCUUGGGGCGAGCUCGAGUUUCAUCAGGAACAGCUUUAUGGUCACCAGAUAUGACAAGACUGCAAAUCGCGUCGUCAAACUUGCGUCUGGGGGUAACACCAUCUGUGCGUUGGCCAGCUCCGGUGAAGUGUUCACUGUUGAGAUCAACCAACCUGACACCCCCUCAACUCUGACAUCCACUACGAACCCAGCAAAGAUUCGCAGCUCUUUGGUUUCCCCAGUCCGGGCCUGGUCGGUUAAGAAGUCACACAUGGCUGCAAGUGAUGUUGAUGUCGGACAAGACGGCUCUAUAAUCAUUUGCACAACUUCGGGAUCUGCUUGGAAAAAAGAGCGACGCACAAAGAAGAAAGAGGGCGCUUCGAAGGACUGGAAGUUUGCUCGAAUUCCUGGUCUCUCACGUGCGGUGGCGGUGCGCAGCAAUGCUUUCGGGGCUUAUGCUGUUGCCCAGCGAGAUUGUGAAGUCACCAGGGAGCAGAUCCAUGUCGACACCAGCAGUCUUGCAGAAGACUUCUUGCCAUUGUCUCCGUUCUCUAUGCCUGGCUUGGAGGAGCUAGAUUUCAUUUUGAACGAUGAGUUGGAGACAUUGCCUGUUAUCCUCUCCUCUGCGGCUAGCAUCAAAAAAGCUAUACUUUCAUCACCGGAAAUUGAAAGCCAGUUCCUUUCUAUUCGAUCCAAAGGAAUGAUUUGGGUGACUAGCUCUUUAUCUGACUCGCAAAUACCUGUUCAUGAGUUUUUACUGGCUGGUCGCAGUCCCGUUAUCCGAAGGGCACUUGAGGAGUUCCGGGUGACAUACUACUCUUCUGUCCCGGAUGUCUGUGACAUUGAAUACGGCACUGAUGGUCACCCACAGAUCUGUCUGCAUGGUGUGGACUUUUUGACUGUUAUGACUGUGGCGUUCUUUCUUUACACCGACAACAUCCUCGAUGUUUGGCAUAUGGCAAAGAGCUCGCCUGCGAAUUCAGCACGCUAUCGGCAAGUUCGGACUGAAACCAUGCGAAUUUCCAUGCAACUAGAGCUAUCGACACUCGAACGAGCAGCGAGACUGAUGGUCGAGCCCCAAGCGAGCUUAAAAUUUGACAUGGCCCAUGCCAUCAACCAGCCCUCAUUCUUCAACAAUGCGGAUGUAGUUGUGCGGCUGAAGGGCGCAACCACGAAGCUUCACAGCCAGGUUGUGUGUCAGAGAUGUCCGUUCUUUGAUACUCUUUUCCAUGGCUACGCGGGGGGCAAAUGGCUGGAGUCGCGCAAGUCAAGCCCAGAUCAACUGGUGCACGUCGAUCUGAAGCAUAUUGACCACUCAAUAUUCGACUUUGUCUUGCGUUAUCUGUAUGCUGACACCGAAGAGAGUUUGUUCGACGAAGUGCGGACCGAUGAUCUUGAUUCCUUCAUUGAUCUGAUUUUGGAUGUCAUGUUCGUGGCAGACGAGCUGAUGAUCGAUCGACUAUCUCAAGUAUGUCAAAAAAUGCUUGGUCGGUUCGUCACGGCCCGCAACGUGUGUUACCUGCUCAACUCUGUUGCUCCCUGUUGCGUCACGCAGUUCAAGCAUGCUGCUUUGGAAUACAUUUGUCUCAAUCUCGAGGCUAUGCUUGCAAACAGAUACCUCGAAGAUCUGGAUCCCAUUCUCCUGAAAGAAUUGGACAUUACCUGUCAUGAGAAUCAGCUCGCCUGUUGGCCUGUUUCUCGGGCAGGCAAUGUUGAGGAGUCCUUUUUGUGGAAGUAUCCCGAGGCAGCCGGGACCUUGGAGACGGACAAGCGAAGAAGAAUCGACGCUAUGGCCUUGCAGUCUCGACUUGGCCGUCUGGAGUCUGAUGAAGUGCGCUCUCGGCCAACACCAAAUGAGAAGAUGGUAACCUCUCCAUCUGUCCGCAAAUCAAAGGCGAGCUCGGCCAGAGAGUCGCCAAAUGUGGGCAACAGUCCAAUGUUGCAGCCAAGGCAGUCGGUCGCGGACCUUAUGUUCCAAAUGGAUGAUGAGGGCCUGAUGUCGCCCGGUGACUCGAAAGGAAAGGGCGUCAGACGUGGUCUCAAGUUCACAGAGGGCAUUCCCGAGAACCGAUCCUAUCCUGAUUCCCCAGCCCUGGGUGCAAGUGCCCCAGAGGCAGAAUCUCUGGACGAUCGGAACUUCUUGAAUGAUCAGAUGUCCCCCCAAAACAAUCUGCUUUCGCCGUCGCUAUCUGGAUCGAACGAAAUUUCUUUCAAUCAGAAAAUUGCUAUAGGUUUAUCCCCGGACCGAUCUUCUGCGCCAUGGAGCUCGCCAACGAUGGCAGGCUCCAAGAAGGAUCUCAAAGAAAUUAUGGGCGAGACCUCACAAUCGCGCGUAUCCAAUCUGACCUUAGGAAUGGCUGAUCGUCGCGAAAGCAAUGUUAAAUCAGCAUCCAAGAUGUCACAGAAAGAGAGAAAGAAGAUCCAACAACAGCAAUUACAGGAGGAGCUGGCUGCCCAACAGAGGAUGAAAGACGCACCGCAAAACCCUUGGCAAAAGCCAGCCGCAUCUUCGCCAGCCACAGCAUCCCGGCUUGAUCCAUUACCUGGCCAGAGUGCAUCUGCGGCUGAGCCCAAGUCUGCUCAGAGAUCUAUGACUAUGCGACAGACCGUAGCCGGUACACCCCCUCCAAAAUCAAAUCCGGUGGAAGUGCCGGUGCAGGCACCACGCCGCAGUGUAUCGGGCAAUCCGAAACCAUCUCCGCAUACGAAGCCUUCCACCUCAGGGCCCUCUACAACAAACCAGCCCAACCAACCAGCCUCACCAAGCCCAGCCAUCCAGUCAAUUCGACAUAUCCCCCGGCCCGAUCCCAUUGGUAUGGGGUCUCCUUCCUCUGGCUCGUACUCUCUGUCAACCAUCCUGCUCCAACAACAAACUGAGAAAGAAGCGAUUCGCGAAGCUGCCACAGCCAAGCACAAUAUGCAAGAGAUCCAAGCAGAGCAGGAAUUCCAGCAGUGGUGGGAUCAAGAGAGCAGACGCGUCCAAGGCUUAAUGGACCCAGAACCGGGGCCAAGCGAACCAAACGAGCCUCAAUCCGGACAAUCCGGGCAUGGUAAGAAAUCGUCUGGCACUGGCGACAAGCGCCGGCGGCGAGGCAACAAAAAUGCCGGCGAUGUACCCGCUCCUCGGGAUCAGCGUCGCGUCUCUGCUCCAAGCUCGGGUCAGACAACCCCCAAACCAGCUCCGGGUGGACAGAGUACUGCUCAAGCUCAGAAACCUCCCAUGGGGAGCCGUACCGGGGGCGCCUCUGGGGGUGCGAAUAAUCGGCGGGGACAAAAUAGCUCACGUGGCAAAGGCAAGGACCGUAGUUAG